AUUCUAUAGAAAGAUCUGGAAGAAAAAAUAUCAAAUUCUGGAAGGAAACUUGUAGUUGUUACUUUCUCAUCUAAAGGUUGUGGUCCUUGCAGACCUGUGCCUGCUUGCUUGGAGGCAAUAAGUGAAGAAAUGCCUGACAUACUGUUCCUUAAAGUUGAAGUUGAUAAAGAUGAUGAAUUUUUACACAGCGUUUCCAAAUCCCAGAGUACCAACAUUCUAUUACUUCAGGAAUGGAACUGAACUGUACCAUUUCUCAGGAGGAAACCUGUCCCACUUCAGACAAAAGGUUGAUGAAUUGAGAUUUAAAAGUGAUUGA